UUGAAGUGUAUACGCAACGUGAUGGCUAAACGGUUCUCGUCAACCACGUUCGAUGGUCUGGUAAUCAACAUUAAUUAUUACUGUUCUCGCAACUCACCAGAUGAAAGCAUGAUACGAGAAAGUGUCGAUGCAGACGCACCGAGCAGGGAGACUGAAGGACGUGGUGCUGUUAAGCACAAGAAACGUAUCAUCACAGACUACAAAGCACCCCCUCCAAAGAUCGGUGAAACCGCGAGGCGGGAAAACGCUGACGCAGAAAUGCUGAGCAUGGCAGCUGAAGGUUGCGAGGAUGCUCCAUACAGGAAUCUCAUCUCCUCCAAAGAACGACUCCAAGAUCUUACCUCCAUCUCUGUUGAAAAGAAACGAGUUGCAUCCAUCUAA